CACUACGACACGGACAGUGUUUCCUUUAUUAUUUUACUGCAUAAAACGACAAAAUUCCAAGCAGUAACGUUUUCUAGGCCGUCUAGGAACUCGAAAAGAAACAAAUUUCUUGCAAUUGAAGGUACCUUUAAUCUCCUUGGUUUCUUCUCCGUUAAAUCCACACCCCAUUUGCCGACUAGUCUUGGUGUUCGUCUGGUGAGAAGAAACCCUAGAACAAGUUCGGUCUUUGCUUCGAUGGGUCGCGAAUCUGUGGCUACUAUGUCCUCGCCGCCGACGGUGACUGCUAGGGGUGCUGCCUCGGCGGCGACGGCGCUUGCUCCGGGCUUCCGAUUUCACCCGACUGACGAGGAACUCGUGAGCUAUUACUUGAAGCGGAAGGUUCAGAGCAAGCCCGUACGCUUCGAUGCGAUUGGGGAGGUCGAUAUCUACAAGCACGAGCCCUGGGAUUUAGCAGUGUUUUCGAGGCUGAAGACGAGGGACCAAGAAUGGUACUUCUACAGUGCCUUAGAUAAGAAGUACGGGAACGGCGCCAGAAUGAACCGAGCAACCAACAAAGGGUACUGGAAAGCAACCGGAAAAGACAGAGAGAUCCGCCGUGACAUUCAGCUGCUCGGUAUGAAAAAGACGCUUGUCUUCCACAGCGGUCGUGCCCCUGACGGGCUCCGGACCAAUUGGGUCAUGCACGAGUAUCGCCUCGUCGAAUAUGAAACCGAGAGAAAUGGAAACCUGGUGCAAGAUGCAUUUGUGCUGUGCAGAGUGUUCCACAAGAAUAACAUUGGGCCACCAAGUGGGAACAGAUACGCGCCGUUCAUGGAAGAGGAAUGGGCUGAUGAUGAUGGAGGAGCUCUGAUUCCUGGAGUUGACGUUAGGGUCAGAGUUGAACAGCCACCACUUGCCAAUGGUAACAAUCAGAUGAACCAGUCAGCAAGCAAGGAUCUCAUUAACAUCAACGAGCCACCAAGAGAGACUACUCCAAUGGAUACCGAACUUAACCAUCAGAAUCAUCAAGAGAAUGCCCUGAAGCUGCAGAAGGUUAACAACAAUAACCAUUACGAUGAAGAUGAGGAAGCACUCAAACGUGAGCAGGCAGAUGAAGAAGAUAACCGUCCUCCUCCUUUAUGUGUUCUUAACAAAGAAGCUCCACUGCCUCUUCUCCAAUACAAACGCAGACGCCAAAACGAAUCCAACAACCACUCGAGCAGGACCACACAGGACCACUGUUCGUCCACAACAACAACCGUCGACAACACAACGACCUUAAUCUCAUCAUCUGCUGCUGCCACCAACACCGCCAUCUCUGCGUUGCUUGAGUUCUCUCUCAUGGGCAUCUCCGACAAGAAAGAAAACCCGCAGCAGCCACCAAGUCAUCGCAAGGAAGCCACUCCUCCUCCUCCACCAGCACCUCUUGAAGAGAAGCUUAAUGAGCUCCAGAAGAAGUUUCACCAGAUGUCUGUUGAGAGAGAAACUUUCAAGCUUGAGAUGAUGAGUGCAGAGGCAAUGAUCAGCAUUCUCCAGUCAAGGAUCGAUGCACUGCGUCAGGAGAAUGAUGAGCUGAAGAAGAACAACGGCAAGGGGAAAGAAGCGCUCUAAAGCCAUCUCUCCAUGUUUCUGCUUCUUCUUCUUUGCCUUUUAGCUCUAAUCUCCCUAAUAUUAUGAACUAUCUAUGUAGCUUCUUCAGACGGAUUGAGAGAACCGUGUGUUGAAUCUCUCUGUUGUAUAAUUAGGAUAAAAACGGAUCGCAGCCGCUGAGCUGGCGUCUUUUUUUUUCUUUUGGUUUUUGGAUGUUUAUGCAUCUUUUGAGAACAUUUUCAGGUUGCUCCAUUGUCAUAUAUUAUCUAUCACCUAAUCCUUUUAGACGAGAAUCUUCUUCCUUUUUCAACAAUGAAUGUUUUAGAGAGAGCUACUUUGGGCAA